AUGUAUUUGGAGUUUGAGAGAGAAAAGCUCAGAGAAGCAAUAACUAUAUUAAUGCUGAUGAAGUGGAGAAAGAGAGGGAAGGUUAUCGUGUGGAAAGAGUUGUUGAGAAUAGAGGCUAGAAUUACUCCAUUUGUCUUGAGAAAGCUCAGAAUGCUUAAUGCAGAUAGCAUAAAAGUUGCUGUCCGUGUAUGCCCAUUUAAUCAGAGAGAAAAAGCUGUGAGAAGCAAAUGCAUCAUUUCCAUGCUUGGAAACAGUAUGACCAUUGUUGAUCCCAAAAGCUUCAGCAACAAGAAAACAUUUCUCUUUGAUUAUUGCUACUGGUCAACUGAUGAAUAUAUGGAGAACGACCAAGGCGUUUACAUGCCUGAUGGACCCAACAGCAGAUACGUGGGACAGGAACGUGUCUUUAGUGACCUUGGGAGAGCUCUCUUGGAGAAUGCGUGGAAAGGGUACAAUGCAACUCUUUUUUCUUAUGGACAGACUGGAUCAGGAAAGAGCUAUUCAAUGACAGGAUAUGGAGGAAACAAAGGACUUGUUCCCAUGAUUUGUGAAGAACUCUUUCAGGGAAUUAAGCUGCAUCAGAACGAGGACAAACAGUUUCAUGUUUAUUUCAGUAUAUUUGAGAUCUACAAUGAACAAAUUCAAGACCUUUUGUCCAAGGUUCGAAAGCCCAGCGGUUUACGUAUGCGAGAAGGCAGACAUGGAUUUUAUGUUGAGUGCCUCAAGUCAGUUCCAUGCACUAGUUAUAAGCAGCUAGAGGCUUUCCUUGAACAAGGAAUUAGAAAUCGAAGCACUGCCUCUACUAAUAGGAAUACAUCCAGCAGCAGGUCUCAUAUGGUGAUUACCAUUCGCUUUCAACAGGUUUUUGCAGACCAGCCCAUUAUGAAGCAUUCUGAAAUUAAUCUGGUGGAUUUGGCUGGUAGUGAGAGACAGCGAAGCGUAGGAGUCACUUCUGACAGAUUCAAUGAAGCACGAGCAAUCAAUCUCAGUCUAACAACUCUUGGAAAUGUUAUUAGUGCCUUAUCGGACAAAGUGGUAGGAAGAAAAGUUCAGUAUAUUCCCUACCGCAACUCAGUGCUCACCAGACUGCUCAGCACAGCCCUGGGAGGGAACAGCAAGACUGUUAUGAUCGCAACAAUAAGUCCAGCGGACAUCAAUUAUGAUGAAACAAUGUCAACAUUACGGUUUGCGGAAAGAGCUAAGAGUAUCCAGAACAGAGCAAUGAUUAAUGAAAGCCUAACUGAACAGCUUCUCAGGGAUCUGAACGAUGAUAAUACUAGGCUGCAGAAAAUGAUGGUGGAGUUUCCCUAUUUGCUGAAUGUCAAUGAAGACCCACAACUGUCUGGAGUAGUUCGACACUUUAUUCAAAAUGGCAUUUGCACAAUAGGAAAAACAUCCGUUGUGAAGCAGGACAUUGUUCUGAAAGGUCUUGGCAUUCUGGAUAAACAUGCAGUGCUUACAGUUUCUGAUCAGAAAGUUGGAAUUGAGCCUCAAAGCAAAGCCAGAGUUAUCAUCAAUGGCUUGCUGCUUCUAACAAAAUAUCAGCUACGGCAUUUGAUGAGUCUUAGAGCAUCAUUGGCGUCAGCUGUCAUGGAAGAAUCCAUGGGCCGUUCAGCUGCCCUGCCAGCUGUAACAAGAAUUCAUGGAGUGGCAGCUGGAAAGCAGAAAGAAAAUCUGGAUCCUAAUUUGACAAGAAUUGUCCAUGAUUUUAUCUCAAUCAUGCCUUCAGUGACUUGGGCAAACCAAAUAAGUGAGGAACUUAACAAGGGUGUUAUCUUUGAACCAGAGGUAAAAAACUUGGCACUGACUGAUGCCAGGGGAGAGGAAUUAGAAAAAGAAAUUAUUGUGAAGGUAACAAACAAACUAACCAAACAGGUUGAAGUCUGGUUACUGAACAAGUUCACUGAUCGAAUGCCUUUGAUUGAAGAAACUUACCAACAUUUUCUUGAAAAUGGAGACACCCAGACUGAUCUGGAAGAAGACGUAUUCUGGGACCCUGUCGAGCCGUUGCACCUCGGAAGUGCUCACGUGUGGCUGGAAUCUUUGGCCUACUCUAUGACCUAUGAAGACCAGGUGGACAUAAAUAAUUAUCAAGGAAAGGAGGAAGCAUUAAUACAGAUCAAACUGAUGCCCUGCACAACCAGUGGAAAUCCAUUGGGAGAGGAAUCUGUCGUUGUUGAUCCUGAUAAUCUUCUGGGGAAACGCAUGGACUUUCAAAUGCAGAUUAGUCUGUGUUUAGGAGUGAGAUGGAUCCGCGAGAACAGCAGUAGAGGAGUUCAAAUUGGAUUUGUGCUGUAUGGCCUUCCUACAGUAUUCUAUACCCCUGCUGCCUGGAGUAACACAAACCCUGAUCUGGAUUAUUCAAUACACUUCACUGUUCAACAUGUUACCACCGAUUUCCUCAGCUAUCUGAAAACCCACGCACUCGUCUUGCAAAUGUGGGGCCUCCAAGAAGGCUGCCAAGAAAUGGAUACAAUACUUGAUGGCAUCCCACUAUCAAGUGAUGGGAGUGUUCUACUAGAUUUGUGCUACAGAAACCAACAGACAUCUGUGCCGCUGGAUUACGAAGAGCACAGACUCGAGCUGUCUGAGCAAAUCGAAACGCUGGAGCAGGAAGCUGCAAAUUUGACAGAAGCAAAUCGAAUCUUAAAAAGUGACAACUUUGAAAUGCGAGAGAAAGCAGGAGAACUGAGAAGACUUGCCUCAGACAACGGUAGCAGCAUUGCGUGCGGGAAUGCAGCGAAAUUAACUGACGAUAGAUCCAACCAAAGGUCACCAUUUCCCAACUGGGAUGCUGAGUUUGCAAAAGCACUCAAGGCGUUCUACUUCAGCAUGAGUGGAGCGAGAGGGAGACUGAUCCACCUGAAUGAGAUCAGGCCACUGGAUGAAGGUAAUAUUCAUUCCUUGAGGUACUUUGCAAAUGAAAGAACUGAGCUGAUCAAAGAGAUGGGAGGAGAGCUCGAAACUUGUGUGGGUAAACUGAAGAAUGAUGUUGCCAAAAUUAUCAGAAAAAAGAAAGAGCUUCAGAUCGAUUCAACGGUGAAGAACUAAACUGCAAAUGCCACUGACAUUGAGUUGUUGCUACAUCAUGUGAACUGUCAAGCAAUCAAACGUCCAACAAUCUUCCCCACUCAUUGAAUAUUUCUCAUUGAUUGUUUAUUGCCUUUAGAAAAUUCUGCUGUUCCCCAUAAAAG